UCAGCCGCCGCCAUGUUGGCGGGCGGGAGGGCGGCGGGUGUCAGAGGCAGUCCUCGCAGGCCGGCGCCUCAGCCUCGGCCGCCGGAGCCGCAGCAGGUCAGGAUUUCCAGUUUCCUCUGUACCUUGCACGAGGGGAGGAAAUGUCUUUAGCAGAACUCACUCCAAGUUGGCCGUGUGUACAGUGUCUUCAUAUACCAGGGACUUGCAAAGAGGGAAGAACGGUGACCGUUCCCUGAGGGUUUUAUUUGUGGUUUGUGGUGGGUUUUUUUUGGCUUGGACUCUGCUUUGGUGUAGAAGGAGAGAAACAUGACAACUUCAUCCAUCCGGCGGCAGAUGAAAAACAUUGUGAACAAUUACUCCGAGGCCGAAAUAAAAGUCCGGGAAGCGACUUCCAAUGACCCCUGGGGCCCUUCCAGCUCCUUGAUGACCGAAAUCGCCGACCUGACGUACAACGUGGUGGCCUUCUCCGAAAUCAUGAGCAUGAUUUGGAAGCGCCUCAAUGACCACGGCAAGAACUGGAGGCACGUGUACAAGGCCUUAACCCUGUUGGAUUACCUGAUUAAGACUGGGUCGGAGCGGGUGGCCCAGCAGUGCAAAGAGAAUAUCUUUGCCAUCCAGACGCUGAAGGAUUUCCAGUACAUCGACAGGGACGGCAAGGACCAGGGCAUCAAUGUGCGGGAGAAGUCCAAGCAGCUGGUCUCCCUCCUGAAGGAUGAUGAGCGGCUCAAGACGGAGAGGGCCCAAGCCCUGAAAACCAAAGAGCGGAUGGCCCAGGUGGCCACUGGGCUUGGGAAUAACCAGAUCACCUUUGGCCGAGGCUCCAGCCAGCCUAACCUGUCCACCAGCUACUCGGAGCAAGAAUACGGCAAAUCUGGAGGGUCGCCGGCUUCUUAUCACGGGUCCACCUCGCCUCGAGUGUCUUCCGAACUGGAGCAGGCGCGGCCGCAGACGAGCGGGGAGGAAGAACUCCAGUUGCAGCUUGCCCUGGCUAUGAGCAGAGAGGUUGCGGAGCAGGAGGAACGCCUUCGACGUGGCGAUGAUCUGAGAUUGCAGAUGGCUUUGGAGGAGAGUCGCAGAGAUACAGUGAAAAUUCCCAAAAAGAAAGAGCAGCACACGACUCUGUUGGAUCUGAUGGACGCCCUGCCCUCCUCGGCCCCGGCUCCCCAGAAAACAGAACCGUGGGGCCCUCCGGCGGCAGCCAACAAAACCGACCCCUGGGGGGGCCGUGCAGCGGGCAGUACAGCGGGCAGUACCACCUCAGACCCUUGGCAAUCGUUCGGUGCCAAGCCAGCCGCCUCCGUUGACCCCUGGGGAUCUCCUGCAGCCUUGCCUCCCCCCCAGCCCCUCUCGAAGAAUGUAGACCCCUGGCAUUCCUCACAGCCACCUUCUGUGGCGGCCAAAGCCCCCGCUGACCCGUGGGGGCCCACCUCUGUGAACAAGCCCAUUUCCACUUCUGGAAGCAAAUCCUUUGACCUCUUCAGCAAUCUGAACGGGACGGUUAAAGACGACUUUUCCGACUUUGACAGACUUCGGACGUCUAAAAAGCAAGCUGAUUCAGUUUCCAGCUUGUCGGCCCAGAACAGCGGUACAACCAGCCCCGAUCUCUUUGAGUCCCAGCCUUCAAAUUCGGCGCUGGAUAAACAGAACACCGCACGGAAAACCCCGGAGUCUUUCUUGGGCCCCAACGCUGCCUUGGUCAACCUGGAUUCGUUGAUAUCAAAGCCGACACAACCUGCCCCUUCACUGAAUCCGUUCUUGGCGGCAGGGGCCGCUGCUGCGCCUGCCGCUCCUGCUCCAAUCAACCCUUUCCAAGUGAAUCAGCCCCAGCCGCUCACCCUCAAUCAGAUGCGGUCGAGCCCCGUCAUGGGCACCAGUCCGUCCUUCCACGCCGUGCCGGCGGUGGGCGUGGAGCCCGUACCUCUCCCAGCCGUGGCGCCCAUGGCGGUGGGGAUGGCGCCCGUGCCCACCAUGGGCACAACGGUGUCCCUCGCCAGGAUGGGCCCGGGAAUGGGCGUGAGCAUCAUAGGGCCUCUGGCAGCGCCUCUCCACAGUACUGGAAUCCCCCCCUCCGCCUCACAGCCUGCAAACAUGACUAACCCUUUCCUCCUAUAAGAGCUCCGGCACCGGGAAUAUGACUCUGCUUACGGGGUUUGCGGAACUGAGCUGGAAAUGCCCUAGGCUCCUUUGGACCGAGCCAGAACACGCAAGAGACUUUUUCGGUUUACGGUUAGGUUCUUGGAAGAGUUCUCUCUCUCUCUCUCUCUCUCUCUCUCUCUCUCUCUCUCUCUCUCCCCGCCCCCCCCACCUAUUUAAUCUCAACUUUCCCCUGCAGAUGGUGGUGCUUAACUUUUGGCUUGUGGGAGAGUUUGCGUAAAAUGCCCGGAGCUCCUGUCGCCAAAGUUUUAGAUUCCUUCUCUCUCUCCUCCCAGAUCAUAGGAAGAACCUUGCCCUGUUUUAAACUCCCCCCCCGCCCCUUUUUGCUAUAUUUUGUAGACGAUGCCCUCAGCCCCGAAGCAGGCCGCGACCCAGGUCUGUAGGGGUCCCGCGUUCACAAAGAAUACAGACCUAAAGUGCUGGUGUGUCUGCAUUUGCACAGAACAUCCGUAGUGUUCUAGACUGUUGGGUCACCCAUCGUCCUUAUGAAAUCGUAGGAAAAAAGGAGGAUUUGCAGUGGACAGAAGUUAUUUAUAUAUAUAAUUUUUCCCCCUUGCACACUUUAAGAAGAAGAAGAAGAAG